AUGGCCAACUCUAGCAACUCUUCAAGUUCUGGCUCAAGCAUGAAGGACAGAACAUUCACUGGCGUAGGUAAUCUCAUAAGGCUUCUUCCCACAGGAACUGUCUUCUUGUUUCAGUUCCUCAGCCCAUUGUUAACCAACAAUGGCCAAUGCCACACCAUCAACAAGUACUUAUCCAGUGUACUCAUCGGCGUCUCAGGUCUCUCCUGUUUCCUCUCUUCUUUCACAGACAGUUACACAGACAGUGAUGGGAACACUCACUAUGCCAUUGCCACCAUGAAGGGUCUUUGGCCAUCCUCUGGAUCAGAGGAUUUAUCGUCGUAUAAGCUUGGAUUUGGGGACUUUAUUCAUGCUAUCUUUUCUCUGAUGGUGUUUGGAGUGGUGGCUCUUUUGGAUAGCAACACUGUGGAGUGCUUUUAUCCUGGUUUUGAGUCCUCUCAAAAGGUUUUGUUAAUGGCAUUGCCUCCUGCUGUUGGUGCAAUUUCAAGCACAGUCUUUGUCAUGUUCCCUAACAAGCGCAAUGGUAUAGGCUAUCCUUCAAGCAAGAGUUCAGGUUCACAGGAGCCUUAG